GUGUACGGUUGUUUGUUACAGCGUUGCUCUGAGCUAAGAGUGCUAGUGGUCUUUCGCUUUCUUCUUCCCGUUUUUGGACUAUAUAGUCUAGUGGCUGCGGCUAUGAAAGAGUAGAAGAAUCGAAUAUUUGUGAUCGCUGCUACGACAUAACCGCUGCCAAAUUUGUAAACACAAAUAAAGAGUUAUGUUAUAUAAAAUGCAACACCCUUAUGUAUCUGUGAUAAAAGUGAAUGGGAUUCCCAUUUUACCGCCAGUGAUUACACCACAAUUGCGAAAAGAACUUCUGAAUUACCGACAGCAAGCUAUUCGAUUACAAAGGCAACUGGAAAACCGUCUCAGCCUGAAAAGUAACACGAACGGGUGUCUGAAGGAAGCUUUUAGCAAUGACGAUUUUCAUGACAAUAACUAUAUUGCUGUUUUUGCGACUCCUGAAGAAAUUAACCCAAUAGUGCCUAUAUCCAUGCAUUUGAGCAAAGACCUAAUAGAAGUAACCGAGUACAACAAAGAUGGGCUAAAGAUUAUUAACAACACACAAACAGCGCAAAGUGAUAACAUCAGCAGUAGUCUUGACCAUGUCGCGUUUGAAGUAGAUUCUAGAGGCAGCCAACCAUUUCAACCUCGAUUACUUCGAAGCAAUUCUUACACUUUAGAAAGGCCCAGUCCCAUCCUGAUGGAACAUUUAAGGAACGAGCAGUCUGCCGGCAGUCCAUGCUUGGCGAAUACCCUCAAGUGGAGCUCUCCAGAUGGAAAAAGCAUUGAAAGUAUAUCCAACACAGCAAGGCAUCAAGACCCAAACGAAGUAGUAACAGAUACUGCGGAUUUAGCAAAGGACGUUGAGAAGCCGAAAGCAACUGCUAUUGAGGUGUAUCAGACUGAUAUAUCCGUUCAGCAAAUAACAGUAAAUACCACAAUUCAAGAUUUGCCUAGUGGGAGGUGUCGGAACAAGGAAAAACAGAAUAGUUUCUUCAGCAACCAUCCCUUCGAUAGCCUGGAACCGGACAGCGAGUUCCUGAAGGUGCUUAAAGAUGUCCCGGAUGAGUACGCACAUAAAAUAAUCGACUUACUGAGGAAGCAGCAACUGGAACAGAAGCAACGCUUGGAGAGGUACAAUCAUUUAAACAAUGCCUCAACUGCAAACGAACGGUCCAUUUGCUCAGAAAGUCCACCCUUAACAAUAACUCCAAAUGAAAGCAUGCAACGAAGCAACACUUUUUCCAUGUCACCCAGCCAAUCUAUUUGUUACACCGCCAGCAGCGACAGAGAAUCUCGUUUAGACCCUCCGAUUUCUUAUAUUGAGCCUCUAGACGUGACACAGCUACAUCCAACAAACGUCCACUUGGAGUACAAUUUGUCGGAUAAAAAUUUCUCAAAAGCCAACGUUGCUGAAAUUGACCAGGAUCUUCUUAGGUCUUUGGAACGGGAAAGAGCGUCAAGUGUUAUAGGCGCUUCGGUCAGAGGAUAUCUAAUCAGACGGCUGAUUAGAACUGAUAAAGUGCAAACUUUGAUUGCUACUGUUAAAGAAGUCCUGAUGUGCGCCCUAGAAUUGCACCAUUCCGAUAAUAUCGAUGAGAAAGACGUCGAGCUGCACAGAAGGCUGAUCAAUCAAUUAUCGGCUGCUCUUCAUUCCUUCCAUGGUAUAUUUUUUGAUUUGCCCAUUGAGGAGCAAAUGGCCAUAAUCAGUGCUGAUCGUCAAAGGAAAGCUGAGAAAUCGAGUCGGACUCAGUCCAGCAGCAGAUCUUCCUCCAAGCAAAGACUGAUUAAUACGUCUGCCAAUGACACGAAAGUAGAAUAGGUGGUAUCGAAAGUAACGGAGCAACUUGGGUGAAAAAGUGGAAUUUUUAUACAUUUUAUAUCAACAUUGUAGUGAAAGUAGAAACCCUUAAAAUAUAUUUUUGUCACUCCUA